CAUACAGUUUGAAUAUUAUUUUAUCAGAAAAUUUAACAUAUCCACAGCUUUCACUUUUACAUUUGGUUAUGUGAAACUCCUAACAAUCGAUGACUUAGUCAUGGACCACUCGAUUUAAAGAUAUGGUGACAGAAAAUUGAAUAAAAGCAUCAACAUGAGCCAUGUCCACAACUCAAUUGGUCCCAUAUUCAACAACAACACAUGAUUUUGCCUUAAACACCUAACUCAAGUUGACAACUAGAGCUAUAAAUAAACUGCUUCUAUGAUCCAUUUGAUCAUCAAGCAGAUACCGAUCACUAAAACAAUCUUUUAAAAGAUCAUAAACUUUUUUUCCGUCCUAUAAUCCUACGAGAUCAAUAUGAUAAGCGCCAAGAAACUCAUCAAGAUGGCAAGAAAAUGGCAGAAGUUCGCAGCAAAACAAAGGAAAAAAAUUUCUUUUCCAAGAUCCAAUUACGAUGAUGCAGAGAGUUGCAGCACAUCAUCUUCUAUAGUUGGUAAAGGGAAUUUUGUGGUAUAUACUACUGAUCAGAAGCGAUUUGUGGUUCCGUUGGCUUACCUUCAACACGAGGCAAUCAGACAACUAUUACACAUGUCUGAAGAAGAGUUUGGACUUCCAAGUGAUGGUCCUAUCACAUUACCAUGUGAUGCACAGUUCAUGAACUAUGUCAUAUCACUUAUCGAAAGAGGUCUAUCUGCAGAUCUUCAGAAUGCUUUGCUUGUUUUUGUACCUACAAGUCGAUGCUCAUCAGCUUCAUACCUUCAAGAACAACGAAACUCGCAAUUGCUAGUUUGUUAAUCUAACUUUGAUAAGUUUUGUAGUGGAUAUAUGAUACUCAACAAGUGUAGAGAAUGUUAACAUUUAUAUACAUCAUUUUCUUGACCCCAACUUGUGCUAUUCUUCGACAUGUUAGAAAAAAAAGUGAUUUCUUUCCGUCUAUAUCUGUCUAAUUUUUGGAUGACAUAGUUACUU